AUGCCCCUCCGCAUUACUUCUGCUCCCGUCUCUGGUAUCAAAAAGAAAAAAAGCAGCACGCCCCGCAGUCGUGCUUCUCCCUUCGCCAGCCAUGCCCGCACGAAACCGUCGGCACGCAGAGAUGUUCAAGCUACAGACAACUGUCGCUCCGGCACUGACGAGGUUGAUGGUGGUGCCUUGAGUGAUUCGGGGCCGCUGGCAGAUGUUGGUAUCUCCCGACAUGUCGCUGACACUGCAAACCUCGACGAUGUUCUUCAGGCUAUGCGAUAUAUAAAGGAUUCGAUGUUUGAGGAUCUGCCUGCUCGGGCAGGAAUGAAUAGUACACGUAUUGCUGAAGUGUUGAAUCUACGUCGCUUGCUGCCACCGUUAGUAUCGGUUGCACAUGUUCACACAGUGCUUCAAGCGCCAACCCAGGUGGAGCGGGAAAUUGUGUCACUUUUAAACUCCGGUCAUCUGCGGCGUCUCAUUGUGCCUGGACGAGGGAAUGAUGCGGCGGGAUUGGGGGAUUGCCUCAUCUUGGCAGAUGACUUGACCAUACUUGUACAAGAUAGUAAUGACCUCGACCAAAACUUGAAAGAUCGCUUUAUUCAUGUCAUUGGUCAACUCACUAAUACAACUGCGAUGCCUGCAAUGACUUUCUCGCCGGCGGAGUCCAUGGCCCUGGUGCGGGCAGGGUUCCUUGUAACCGCAUCAUCGCUGUCAAAAGGUUCAUUGAAUGUUGCGUCUCUUCCCGAACUGUCUCCAGCGGCGUCAGGCCAAUCCAGUGAUGCGAUUCAGGCUAGCCGUGCUAGUCAAUCACGCGCACCCACUUUCUUCUUGUCGCUUCCUAAUACCGGACCUUACCUUCGGCUGUUAAACGCUGGUCGCUCGCAUUUAAUAACUUUGCUAAAGAAGUCAAAGUAUCAUGAAGCUCCUCUCACCCUCCUGCGUGACCGUUGGGAUGGUUCUGUUGAGAUAGGCCAGAGUUUCUCUGUAGCAAAACGGCUCAGAGGCGAGUUCAGCGGAGUCCUUCCAGGUCGGACGAAGAAAUGGAAGCAAUUCUAUGGGAUGAACUUUCGCUGGAUCUUAGAGCAUUCUCUCGGUGCUGGACUCGUUGAACUUUUUGACACUGGGAGCGUAGGGCCCGCCGUUCGGUGUUUAUAA